UCCUCCCCCCCCCCAACCACCUCGCCUCUGAUUGGCUCCGCGAUGUCUCGGGACCCUGCGGGUGACGCUAUCGACUGGCCCAGGCAGCCGUCCGUCAGCUGGGAAAGUAAUAUGCCCAAACUGUGGGGGUUUGUAGACUUGGGCUCAGAGAGCAACACUUUGGAGGAGCCUCCCUGCGCGCGCUUGUGAGCUCCCGAGUGCGGAAAAAAAACACGCCAAAACCAUUGCUAAUUGCUACUAUUGCUGUUAUUGUUUUUUUUCCCCCUUCCUUGCUGCUUAAAUUGCAAAAAAGCAAAACGAGACAAAGCCUGUGAAAAUGGAGUGGAAUUCCCUGCUGAUGCUCCUGGAAGCUGCGGAAUACUUGGAAAGGCGAGAGAGAGAAGCGGAGCACGGCUACGCCUCGGCGCUGCCCUUCGACAGCGGCUACGCCAGGAGGAAAAACAAAGCCGGGAAGCCCCAGAGCAGCCGGUCUUCACAUAAUGAACUAGAAAAGCAUAGACGAGCUAAACUACGACUAUAUUUAGAAGAGUUAAAACACUUUCCCUUUGGGAGCCGUAGUACUAGACACACCACACUCAGUCUGCUGAAAAGAGCCAAGAUGCAUAUUAAGAAAUUGGAAAGAACAAGACCGGAAGCUCUAAAUAUUAAAGAACAGUUACAGCGAGAACAUCGAUACCUCAAGCGGUAGAUUGGAACAGCUCUCCAUGCAGGGCCCUGGAACGAAUUCGCACAGGACAGCCUGGGAUCAACAAUAUCUACGGAUUCUGAGCAAGAAGUAGACAUCGAAGGAAUGGAAUUCCCAACAGCUGAAAUGGACAGUAGCAGAAGUCCCAGCGACGCGGAAGACAGUUUGCAAGGGAGCUCCAGCGACAGCGGCUUCGCACAUUCGCACAGACUCCAUGCCAGGCUUCUGUAGCGCCGAAGGGCACCGCUCAACUCAGGACGUUCUGACUAAAGCACUUACACAAAAUAUGCCGGACUGCCAUUCUUCCAGAAAGCCUCAGCCCCACAAUAAUCUGAAAGGAGGUUUCAUGCCCAGGGUUCGCCGAACUACGAUUGGUAUAUUCAAUAAAUUGCAAAUCAUGUUUUUUUCUACAAAAUGUGAUUAGAUACAGUUGUGGCUUAAAGUCCUUUAUUGUAGCCAUUGUACACGCUGUUAGUUCUGGGGUGUGUGUGUGUGCUUUUAAAAAAUAUUUU